AAGUGUCUGUAACUGCUGCUUUUGUGAGGAAACUGCCUCGUGGUUUUAGUCGUGGGGAAGCUCUGUCCGUGAGGGCGUUUGUGGUGUCUGCAAACAGAAGUGAACUGAUAACCUCUGCUACUUUUAAUUGCAAACAAAAUGAAGAUCCCCUCUUUAUUGCUGAGAUUCCCUUACUGUUAUUUUUCUGGGACUUACUUCAAGAGCUUCCACUUCAGUUCCAGAUCAGAUAUUUUGUGCACUGAAUCUCUUAGGCCAGUGCACCUGUACUAUUCGAAACGGAUGCUUUCGUUAAAAGGCUUGAAGAGGGAGCUGUGUCAUCAAACGGCCUUUGACCACCAGAUAGAGGGACUUUCUGACAGAGAACAAGGACUUGUAGACAAACUUUACAGUGGAUUAAUACAAGGUCAUAGAGCCUGUUUAGCAGAAGCCAUUACCCUUGUAGAAUCAGCUCACCACAGGAAAAAGAAAAUAGCCCAGGUGCUUCUUCAGAAGGUAUUAUCCUACCACAGGGAACAGGAAAAGAUAAAUCAAGGAAAGCCACUUGCCUUUAGAGUGGGGUUGUCUGGUCCUCCCGGUGCUGGGAAAUCAACUUUUAUAGAAUGCUUUGGGAAAAUGCUUACAGAAAGAGGACAUAAAGUGUCAGUGUUGGCUGUAGACCCUUCCUCUAGUACAAGUGGUGGUUCUCUGUUGGGAGAUAAAACACGAAUGACUGAGUUGUCAAGAGAUAUGAAUGCAUACAUCAGACCAUCUCCAACCAGAGGGACAUUAGGAGGUGUGACGAGGACCACAAAUGAAGCUAUCCUGCUGUGUGAAGGAGGAGGCUAUGAUGUUGUUCUUGUGGAAACAGUAGGUGUGGGACAAUCAGAAUUUGCUGUGGCUGAUAUGGUUGAUAUGUUUGUAUUACUGCUACCACCUGCAGGUGGAGAUGAAUUACAGGGUAUCAAGCGGGGUAUAAUUGAGAUGGCAGAUCUAGUUGCUGUAAAUAAAGCUGAUGGUGAUUUAAUUGUGCCUGCACGGAGAAUACAAGCUGAAUAUGUUAGUGCUAUGAAGCUACUUCGCAAGCGAUCAAAGGUUUGGAGACCAAAGGUAAUGCGUAUCUCUGCCAAAACUGGAGAAGGCAUCUCAGAUAUGUGGGAUAAAAUGACAGAAUUUCGUGACCUCAUGCUCAUGAGCGGUGAGUUGAUUGCCAAACGACGGAAACAGCAGAAAGUGUGGAUGUGGAAUCUCAUCCAAGAAAAUAUGUUGGAACAUUUCCGGAGUCACUUGGCAGUCAAGGAUAAGAUUCCACUUCUAGAAGAAAAAGUUCUUAGUGGUGUCUUAUCUCCUGGGCUGGCAGCCGACCUACUACUGAAAGCAUUCAAAGAUGGUCUCUAAGCAUAUAUAUUCUGUUGUGUUCUCAUUAAGUGCUUUAUGUAAAUUUUAACAUUAAAUCCAGUUUUUCUAUGUGUGAA